CCGGAAUAAACUCUCGAAUAGUAAGCUGCCUAUUAUUGACCUAUACCUAUCCGCUCACCUAGUGCCUCCAGGAUAUUACAGUGGCGACAGGUAGUGAUAAUUUCGCGUGUGCAGUAAUUUAAAUAAAUAAAUUAAAUGUCUAUCGGCAAGUUACAUGAAUUUAACGUCAGCAAUGGCGCAUGGUCAUCGUACAUGGAUCGCGUGGAAAUGUACUACAAGGUGAACAAAGUGCAAGACGAAAUGAAAGUGCCGGUAUUAAUUGCAGCGAUGGGAGAUGAGGCAUAUGAGCUGCUGGAGAACUUGGCCAGUCCUACAAAACCAUCGGAUCUAACUUUAAUUAAAAUAAAGGAAUUAAUGUCACAUCAUUUGCAGCCAACACCGUCGUCUUUAGCGGAAAGAUACCGGUUUCGACAAAGGCGGCAAAAUGUCGGUGAAAAUGUAUCUACGUAUGUGGCGGAGUUGAAAAAGCUGUCCAAGCAUUGUAAAUUUGGCUCAGAGUUAAAUGGAAAUCUAAGGGAUCAAUUCAUUUGUGGCUUAAUCAGCGACUUAAUUAGGCAACGGCUUUUUGCGGAGGACGACAACAUAACCUUCGCAAAUGCAGUCAAACUUGCAACAUCAUUGGAGGCAGCAGAGAGGGACGCGGCGUUAGUGGAGCAGGGAAAGGUAACGAGUUCGAGUGGGACGGGAGAUGCGCAGGCCGUUAUGUUUGCGAGUCGGGCGCGAUCGGGUACAUCUACAUUCAAUGGAGGACAAUUGCGGGCGCCGGUAGUUACGCAACAGCGGCGAAAUGCAUAUUUUAAUGGCCGGCAGGAGAGGCACUGCGACGCCUGUGGCGCGCGCAGUCAUAAUUACGCGAAUUGCAAGUUCCGGGACUAUGUGUGCAGCAAGUGUCAGCGUACAGGCCAUUUGCGGCGGGUGUGCCCGGACUGGGGCUCGGCACCGGGAACCGCGGGCCGUGGAGGAGCGCGGGCGCCGGCCCGGCGCGGAGGGGCAGCGGCGGCGACGCCGGCGCGGAGUGCCAUGCAUUUUGGGGUGGCCGAUCACGAACCGAGUGAGGAUUACGGCGGAGACAUCGAGGAAGAAUUACAUCACCUAUGUUUAAAUAACUACCCGGCGAUAUGAGGCGUUGUUCAGCGAUGGACUGGGCCGGUACAAGGGCGGCAAGGCGACCUUGAGGGUGCGGGAGGGCGCAGCACCGGUGUUCCAUCGCGCACGCCCGAUGCCGUACGCGCUGCGCGAGCGCGUGGACGCCGAACUGGACGCCAUGCUGAGCGCCGGCGUCAUCGAACCCGUCGACUGCUCGGACUGGGCGUCACCACUGGUACCUAUUAAUAAGCCGGACGGCUCCCUUAGAAUUUGUGCAGACUAUAAAACUACCUUAAACCCGUAUUUGUUGGUUGAUCGGUAUCCUCUCCCUAAAAUAGAAGAUGUUCUUGUAAAUUUAAAUGGCAAUAUGUACUUUAGUAAAAUUGAUCUUUCACAAGCGUACAACCAAAUUGAACUGGACGAGUCUAAAUGUUAUACGGUUAUUAACACCCACCGAGGGCUGUUUCAGUAUAACAGACUGGUGUACGGCUUAUCAUCUAGUGUAGGAAUAUUUCAGCGUAUUAUGAUAAAUUUAUUGGGUAAUAUACCUAAUGUACAAAUGUUUUUAGACGAUGUAAUUAUCGGUGGCAAAACUAAAUCGGAACAUCUACACGCUUUAGAAGCGGU